AUGAUCGAAGUCUUGCAAAGGCUCGGAUACGCAGCUGAUUCGUCCCACAACAAAGAAGUGGGCAAGGUGGACAUCUUUGUGAACAUUGACAACAGGACCUUUGGUGUGGAAUGUAUCAUGGCAAAGCGUGGCCCGACAGACCACGAAAAUCACCGGGGACGCUUUGACACUGCGCUGUAUGCGUACAGCAACGCCGACCACAAGGCACUAGUCACGAUUGGAAGCAGCAAAUCUCGGGUGCGAGAGCGCGUCUUGAAAACGAAAGCAGAUGGUGUCGAGAUCAUCGGCUUGGUGCCCAAUACCGCGCACACUGGCUACAACAUUCUGUACCGAGGUGCCCAAGCUGCAGAGGGUGCAGAUUUGGUGGAGUACUAUGUCGAGUGCGACCUCGUGGCACGUGCGUUGGACACAAGCAACAGGAUCCGCUGCAUCCAGAAGGUUUUGCGCAUCAACAAACCUGCUGCCGCCUUGCAACCAUCCGCUGCGGUGUCUGCGGUGUGGGUCCGUCAGCUGAAAAGCCUUGCCCGGGCCUUACCAGCUGUGCACAGUCUUGCCUGCCCUGCGUUCAUGCUCAAGAGAAACUUCCUCCACAGAAGAUUGUCCCACCUCCAAAAUCGAAGGCGUUUGUGGAGCCGUCGGUUUAACGGCUGGAUGUGA